AUGGUGCCAUUGUAUGGGGAAGGCACCGAAAGCACGAUGGCCAGACUUAAGAGGGAGAUAUCUGCACUAGAUCUGAUAGUUUUCAACAACGGGCUAAGAUCACGACCUGGCUAUCUGCUGCUACUCCAGACCAUGUUCACAAGUCAAUUCAGCAGGAGAAGAGUACUUGUGAAUGGAUCUCCGAGGACAGUGAUUGGUAGGUAUGGACCUCGCCCAAUGCUUCAACUUUGCUGUGGAAGCACGGCGAGCGUAGGUGCUUCUGUCACUUGUGAUCUUGACCUCUUGCUGAUAGGUACAGCUGGCGUCGGAAGAACUGCCCUAGAGUAUGUUUUCGAUUCCGAACCCGCUCAAACUCCUGGCAUGCCUAAGUCUGCUGCCAUUGAUAAGAUCAGCUCGACGACUGCGUCUACUGCUACCUUGGCGUAUUUUUAUUGUAAUGCUGGUGACAUUGAGCAGCACAAAGCCGAAGCUAUUACCGCCUCUUUAAAGAAAUAG